UGCAUUGAUCAUCAUGAAGUUGAAACGAAACGCUUUGGUUGGCAUCAGACGUUACCGUGGUGACUGCCCAUGACACUCUUAUUUUGCCUCAGUGUCCAUAGUUACCGCGUCACAACAUUACUUAAAUUUAAAGGAGUACCUAAUAAAUUUAUAUUUUCCAUAAAUAAAUACAUAGUAUUAUAGUGCGUCGCGACUCGGGACAGACUCGAAGCCGCGGACCGCGAUGGUUGUGGACGAAGACGAUGAGUUGUAUGGUGGCUUCAACGAUGUAGCUCCAGCACUAGACACUCGCAACCUGAGGGAAGACCACGCUUUCCAGGAGACGCUACGGACGGCUGGCAUAGGGAAGAAAGCGCCUAGCCGAAUGGGGACUGGGAUGUUUCGAUUGGGCACGGUGGGCGGACGGGCGAUCAGCUCCCGCGGUGGCGGUCCGAGCGCGCGGCCUGUCACCGCGGUGCGCGCGGCCGGCUACACGCGUGCCACCCGCGACACACCCACCAGAGACGACAAGAAGGACGACAAUAUCGAAGAUAAAAUAAAGCAGAUGGAAGCUCGCAUCAUGACACUCGUCGAGGAGUCAUGCAUGCUGAGCGCUUGCCCCGACCCAGAUGACGACACCGCUGUUAAAAGAGAUUUCGACUUGGGGCAGGCAUUAGCGAAAGCACAAGAAGCUUCUGCCCUGGAACGACAACUCAUUCGUAUGCAAGAACACGCUAACCUCGGUGACAGUCACAAUUUGGAUCUAACUUUUGCUGUCCUCUGCAAUUUGGCAGGACAAUAUGCAUUAAACGAGAUGUACACAGAGGCUUUAAACACUUAUCAACUGCUAACGAGAAAUAAGUUGUUCCCUCAUGCAAAUCGGCUGAAGGUAAACAUGGGUAAUAUUUAUUUCAAAAUGGGAGAGCACCCAAAAGCAUUGAAGUUAUAUAGAAUGGCCUUAGAUCAAACUCCUACUGCCGAGAAGGAUUUAAGAAUGAAGGUAAUGCAUAACAUUGGGUUACUAUUGGUGCGCAUGGGCAAGUUUCGAGAUGCUGUAACUAACUUCCAACACAUCAUGCACGAACAAGGCGAUUUUCAAACAGGAUUGCAUUUGGUGCUAUGUUCUGUGGCCUUGAGCGAUCCAGAAGGCGGUAAAGCGGCCUUCCACGCCAUGCUCGAUGUGGAGCCACCAUCUUGUCACCAGGAUAUUCCUAUAGAUGAUGAAAACGACGCAUACGAAUGCGUCCUCCGCGACGUGGUGAGGGGUGAUCGCCUAUCGCGAUGGUGUCGCCGCGCCGCCGCCGACGCAGAGCGCUGUCUCGCUCUCGCAGCGGCUGCACUCGUCCGCCCCGCCUCUAGAGACGACGACACCGGUGGCAUGUCAUGGUGCGUGGAAGCGCUUCGAGGUUACAGCGGAGGAGGCGCCGGAGCUCGUCUAGAGCUAGGCGGAGCUCUGUCCGCGUUGCGUGCAGCACGUCUGCACUCGCCGGCCGCCGCCACCGGACUGAAGGCGUUGCAGAGACUGAAGGCGGUCGCGCGCGCGCAUCCUAACGAUAGAGUGCUGAAGGCUGAAGCCAACGCAGAUGCGGCUUUUGUCGCUUAUGCGCUCGGAAACUAUGCAGAAGCGCGUCAGUUGAGCGAACUAGCGGCUCGGGACGAUCCGUAUUCUUGUGCAGCGAGAGUUUCCAGUGCUUUAGCGGCCGCUAAAGAAGCGGACAAUCCGCCCGCCUGGCAUCAAGCCGCGCACCAACUCGCCGGCGCCAGCCACCUCGACCCCGCCGACCUCGUGGCCAUGCACGAUCUAGCGUUGGCCCUAGAGAAGAGUGGUAGCGAGGGGUGGGUGGAAGCAGCCGAGGCGAGAUGGGCGCGGGUUCGAGGCUCGGGCGGGGCGGGGGCUACAAUGAGAUCAUUGGCCGCUGCUUCUUUAGCGCGACUCUCGCGAUCGGACCCAACGGCCGCUGACCACUGGUACAGUAUGAUUGGAACCUGGGACGUCGGCGUGACGUGUGCGCUAGCGCAACUACACAAUGAGAUUGGGGACGUACAAACUGCUAAACACCACUAUCAAGAUGUAGAGGCGGUCUGGCCUUCCGAGUUAUCUGCGCUGGAGUGGCUUGCGAAUGAAUCGCCACCCGAAGUCGCGAUACAAUAUUAUAGAAAAGCCGCACGGUUGCAGCCUGGAAAUCCGCGUUGGGGCUUGCUGAUGGGCGGGUGCUUGCGAGCGAACGGACGCUAUCAAGAGGCUCUCGUAUUAUACAAGAAGAUGAACUCCCGGUUCCCCGACAACGUUCAAUGUCUAAAGUUGAUAGUCAAGUUGUGCGGAGAUCAGGGACUGUCGGAAACGAACGCAUGGAGCAAAGAAUUGCAGCGAGCACAAGCACGGGUGAAGCAACAAGAAAGGGUGGCUGUCACCUCAGCAGGAAGUGGGUCUUCCGGCGCCAGCCAAUCACCAAUUGACCAGAUCAGAGCUGCGUCUCGUGGAGGCAGUGCUGCGCACGCGCAGCCCACCGCUGCCGCGCGUCUCUCGAGCGGCGGGCGGGGAGAUAGCGCGCUCUCCAGGGGACACACACAAGCCGAAGAAACGUCACAGGACAGUACGUAUUUUCUGAACAGAUCCAUCAACCGAUCUGAAGGCCGAAAGAAACAAACCGACGAGUUUGACGACGAGUUGCCUCUACCACCAGAGUAA